UCCAAACUCAACCUUCACUUCUAAUACUUGUGCUAUCCUUUGCUUCUCUUCCUCACUUCCAUUAUCCUUCGAGGGAGAGAUAAAGCAAAAAGGCACAAAAUGUUGGGAAUUGGGUUGGUCCUUGUAGCAUUUUUCGUCAUAUAUUACACCCAUUUGCUUAUUAAAUGGAAAUACCCAAAAAUUAAUGGCGUUCGAGUUCAACUCCCUCCUGGUUCUAUGGGUCUACCUAUCAUCGGAGAGACCAUUCAGUUACUUAUUCCAAGCCGUAACUCCAUAGAUAUUCACCCAUUCGUCAGGAAACGAAUCCAAAGGUAUGGGCCCAUUUUUCGGACAAAUCUGGUUGGAAGACCAAUCAUAGUCUCAGCUGAUCCUGAAGUCAACAAGUACAUCUUUUCCCAGGAAGGCAACUUAGUGGAGAUGUGGUAUUUGGACUCCUUUGCCAAGUUGUUUGCAUUUGAAGGUGAAUCCAAGGUUACUGCGAUUGGUCGUGUGCACAGAUACUUGAGAGGCAUUACUUUGAAUCACUUCGGUGGUGAGAGCCUGAGGGAAAAGAUGCUUCCUCAAAUUGAAGUCGCAGUAAACAAUAACUUGUGCCAGUGGUCCACUCAGGGACCUGUUGAGGUUAAAUCAUCUAUUUCACGGAUGAUUUUCAACUUCACCGCGAAGGUUGCAUUUGGUUAUGAUGUUGAAAACUCAAAGGGGGAGAAAAUUGAAAACUUGCCCAAUUUCAUCAAAAGUCUCAUGUCCUUUCCCUUGAAUAUUCCUGGCACUACAUUUCACAAGUGUAUGAAGGACAAAGAGAAGAUGUCGAACAUGGUGAGGCAUAUAAUAAAAGAGAGGUUUAAUUCUCCGGAUAAACGUCCUGGAGAUUUUCUUGAUCAAGCUAUUAAUGAUAUGGCAUCAGAGAAGUUUUUGACAGUGGAUUUUAUUGCUGAACUCGCUUUUGGGAUUUUAUUCGCCGCCUUUGAAUCUGUGUCGACAACACUAACACUAGCUAUCAAGUUUCUUGCUGAAAACCCUCUGGUAUUAGAAGAGUUGACGGCCGAGAAUGAGGCAGUUCUAAAGAAAAGAGAGAAUCCGGAUUCCCUGCUGACAUGGGAAGAAUACAAAGAAAUGACUUUUACACAGAGCGUCGUCAACGAGACGCUUAGGUUGAUGAAUAUUCCACCUGGUUUAUUGCGAAAGGCUUUGAAGGAUAUUAACGUCAAAGGAUACACAAUUCCGGCCGGUUGGACUAUAAUGCUUGUUACGCCUAUUGUUCACCUGAAUCCUGAAACAUACAAGGAUCCACUAAAGUUCAAUCCAUGGCGCUGGAAGGAUCUUGACCAAGUCACUCUUUCCAAGUCUUUCAUGCCAUUUGGUGGAGGCACGAGACAAUGUGCUGGGGCAGAAUUCAGUAAAGUUUACAUGGCGGCCUUCCUCCAUGUCCUGGUCACCAAAUAUAGAUGGACAAAGGUGAAAGGAGGACGUAUCACUCGAAGUCCAAUUUUAUUAUUCCCAGAUGGUGUUCAUAUUCAGGUUUCACCAAAGCAUGAUUCAAUUCGCAGAGCUUGAUUGAAAAAUAAAUGAAUCUCCUGUUUAUUGGCUUGUCGCAAUGUUAUGUUUGGAUAGAUUAACAAAGCUAUCUAUCAAUCUAUAUGAAACGGAAGCAAGUUCCUAAUUUAA